CCAAAUGCAAGGCUUUUGCAACAUCCUGAAUCUGCUUAAUCGUAAGUGCUUUACUAGUAUAAUCCAUGGCAUCACAAAACACCCUUUCUCUCUUCACAGUCACUCUCCUCGUCCUCCUUUCUCUCCUCUCCCAAGCAACAUCGUCAGAAACACACAACCAAAAAACUUCACCCUUCGAGUUCCUUAACCAUCUCAAGGGCUGUCACAAGGGUGACAAAGUCCAAGGCAUCCAAGACCUAAAAAGGUACCUUGAAAAAUUUGGAUAUUUGAAUAGCUAUUCCGAUAAUGAUGACUUCGACGACAUCUUGGAGUCGGCGAUCAAAACCUACCAAGUCAAUUACCACCUCAAGGCUACCGGAACCUUGGAUGCCAAAACAGUGUCGAGAAUGACGAUGCCACGGUGUGGUGUCCCGGAUAUCAUUAAUGGUACCACCUCCAUGCGAUCGGGAAAGAAAAGGCAACCUCAUCACCGUGGCGGAAAUGUUUCGACUCACACAGUUGCUCAUUUUUCUUUCUUAUCCGGAAACCCUAAAUGGCCUUCGUCUAAGUACCAACUCACCUAUGCUUUUGAUCAAAGCACCCCAGCUGAGGCUCAGGCCGCAGUUGCACGAGCUUUUGCAACAUGGGCAGGAAACACACACUUCUCGUUCAGUCAAGCUCAAAGCUACGAAAACGCGGAUCUGAAGAUCAGUUUUGGCAGGGGAAAUCAUGGAGAUGGGAGCCCAUUUGACGGCCGAGGUGGGACUCUUGCUCAUGCAUUUCCACCAACCAAUGGGAGAUUCCACUACGACGCCGAUGAGCCGUGGGCUGUGGGGGCUGUGGAGGGUGCUUAUGACUUGGAAACCGUGGCUUUGCAUGAAAUCGGGCAUCUGCUUGGGCUAGGACAUAGCUCUGUUGAAGGAGCUGUCAUGUCUUCCAGUGUUCGUACUGGAUUUACCCAAGGUUUGCAUGCGGAUGAUAUUCAAGGAAUUAAAGCUUUAUAUAACACCUGAUGAUCAGAUGAUCAAAAGUACUAGAGGAUAAAUAAUUAAAGUUCAGCAAAAGUCAACUUUUCAUACUUUUUCUUUCCUUUAUCAGAUAAUUAUGGUGCCUCACCUGGAGUGUACUGAGAUUUGCAAUACAUUAUUGCAUCAAUAAAGUUGCAACAGCAUAUAAAUAUAUAUGCUGAAAAUUUGAUUUCUUUAUCAAAGUUAUGAAUUUUCUUUUUAUA